AUGGGAAAUAAAAGCAGUGAUAAAUUAAAAAAAAUUAGUGGUUCAACAAAAGGAAAAAACAUUUGGUCUUUAAUUGGCGUUACUUUUCUUAUAAUAAGUUACGCCGGAUUGGGGUCUAUAAUUUUUUUAACUCUCGAUGCAAAAGAAGACCCAUUGUUUGUGGAAACAGCAGUAGCUGCUUCUAAGCCUAGGCAAGCGGACGUUGCAUAUUCUUUGGUGCGUACAAGAAUCGUGGACCGUUUAUGGUCUAUUACAGAGGAUUUAAAUAUACUUUAUAAAGAUAACUGGACACGGUUAGCAACACAAGAAGUUAUUGAAUUUCAGAAUGCACUCUUGUCGGAAGUGAGGAAUUCUCAGAUUAAUAAUGACACAUCGAAGAGCUUUUCGUCCAAUAAAUUAGAUAAUUGGACAUAUUCUACAGCUUUUCUUUAUUCAUUAACAUUAAUGACCACAAUAGGUUACGGCAGUCUAUCACCACCAUCAGAGUAUAUGAAAUUAUUUGCACUGGCUUAUGCUUGUGUAGGAAUUGGGAUUGUGUUGCUAUAUUUAUCUAUCACAGGAGAAAUUCUAUCAAGAUUUUUAAAAGCAACAAUAAACAAAAUAUCUUUUUGUAUGCAAAAUACCGAUCAAAAAAACAGGAACACGAGAAAAACGAGCAACAAUAUUUUCGUAGCUGUCAUAAUUAGUAUAUUCACGUUGUUGUUUUACAUGAUUUUUGGAACGUUGAUGAUGAAACACUUACAAGCUCCUCAUUGGAGCACAAUUGAUGCAUUUUACUUUUGUUUCGCCACGUUAUCCACAAUAGGGUAUGGUCAAUUAUUUCCUAGUACUUCAAUUUCACAAUUUGCAUGUGCGCUUUAUAUUUUAAUCGGUAUGGCUUUGGUUUCGAUGUGUUUCAAUCUAGUACAAGUUGAACUGGUAAUAUGGUUUAAAGCUCUUUCACAAAAUUUGGAACAAUUGGAGAUACCUUUCGAAAACAACGAUUUAUCGAAAGUAUCUUGACAUAAAGCGGUUUAUCUUGGUACUUACAACUCGUUGCCUAGACGCUCAUCAUUUCAUCCCGAGAGUCCUGGUAGACGGUCAGCGUUCAAUGGAGAUAAAAAUCAGUCACAAUAUUUUGUAUCACGUUGUGUUAGCGAAUUCAACUUAUCUGGAGUAGGAGAUUUGGCAGUGGCUAGUCAAAAACGAAAAGAAAAAACAGUUACCUUUGAAGAUCAAACGUUGAGUAAUUUUUCAAACAGAUUUUCGAACGA